AUGUCCUUUCCUCAAGACCGCCGGCGCCGGGUAGGGCCAGCCGGGCUCGGUUUCAGCUCCACGGGCAGACGAACGUUUAUGGGCUACUGGGUACCAUUGGCAGUGACUGUUGGUGUCGCGACAAUCAGUAUAGCUGCUUGGAUUUGGAGCGAGAGGCAGGAACAUGAGGAUGAUGGUGAUGACGAGGGCCACGGCCAUGAUUAUCCAGAUGACUUGCACCAACCCCCAUACCCGCCUCCGCCAGCAGGUUAUGAAGGUGGACCAUCAGCAGACUUUGCGAGAUCAGCGCCCACCGAUACGCACCAGGAUGAUGGAAGUGUCAUUGCGCGAAUGCAAGGCGCAUUACGCCGAACGCCCAGUCCGCAGCAAAUCUUUGAUGGCGCAAGCAAACGAGUCGCUGCUGGAAUGGCAGCCGCGGGCGCCAUGGUUGGAGGCGCGCUGAGCUCCAUCAGAGAAGAACGUGGUGAUUUCGAAGACCACUCGCGUUGGUCUGAAGAGGCCGAUUUGCGGGCCGUAAGUGCAGCUGAUGCCGGCGCUCAAAGUGCGCCUUCCUCUUCUGCAAAGGCGAAGAAGACAGUCGCUAUUGUCGUUUCAUCCGUGUCCUUGUCUGAUGACCCGGAUGACAUUACCUUGUCUGAACAUGCGUCCAUUCUUUCUCACCUCCCUUCGCACGUCGACUCGGAUGUCGCUCGAGUCUUUGUUCUCAUCUACGCCCCAGAGCUAAAGCACACUAUUGGUCUUCAAUCAUCCGCCCGACCUACGCCAUCCGUGGACUCUUCAUAUUCUAACAUUGCACCCGAAGAAGCAGCCGGAGCUACUGAUGCAUCCGGAAGUGAAUUGACAAGCGUUGAACCUCGGGCAGUUGCCGACGAACUCGAAUCUGCCGGCCGCCUCUUCAAAACUCUAUACACACAAGCCCAAGCACUUGUAGAUAAAGAAAGCAUGAUUAUGCCGUAUAGCACCCCCAACGGCCACGUGCAUAUCUUGCGCCAUUUGUCACCAGACAUUGUGUACAUUCAGGAAUCAUUAUCAGGCGCCGAGGGCGAUUCCGUCAAGCAGCUCUCCGACUGGGUGAGGUACGUGGUUGUCGUUGUCGGCGACGAAGGCGGUCGUGGUGGCUUGAUUGAUAGCGAGGAUGAGUCGGCGCUUGCAGGAGAGCACCGCGAGAAGUGGUGGCACAAAGAAGGUGUGACAGGUAUCGGAAAACAUAUCGAUAUCGUUGACAGUCUGAAAGCUGGCGACGAUUGGAGGCGACGAGUCUCGGGUCAUGACUAA